AUGUCGCAUCCGCCGCCGCCGCCGCCACCGGGUUGGGGUCCUCCCCCUCCCCCGCCACCGCCGCCGUCAUCGUUGCCACCUCCUCCGUCGGGACCGGCCCCUGCGGCGCCCCCUCCGCCAGGUUUCCAACCGAGCGACCCUCACAUCGCAAAGUUUGCGCAGAAGAAGCAGGAAUGGCUUCGGCAUCAGCGCAACCGAUUUGGGGAGAAGCGCAAGGGUGGCUUUGUCGAGACACAAAAGGCAGACAUGCCCCCUGAGCAUCUGCGCAAGAUUGUUCGUGACAUUGGCGACGUCUCGCAGCGAAGAUACACGAACGACAAGCGCAGCUACCUUGGCGCCCUUAAGUUCAUGCCGCAUGCUGUCCUGAAGCUUCUUGAGAACAUGCCCAUGCCCUGGGAGUCUGCUCGCGAGGUCAAGGUCCUGUAUCACGUCAAUGGCUGCCUGACUCUCGUGAAUGAGAUCCCUCGCGUUAUCGAACCCGUCUUCUUUGCGCAGUGGGCGAUGAUGUGGACCUUCAUGCGAAAGGAGAAGGCUGACCGAAGACUGUUCAAGCGCAUGCGCUUUCCGCCUUUCGAUGAUGAAGAACCGCCGCUGUCAUGGUCCGAAAACAUCGAAGACGUCGAGCCUCUCGAGCCGAUUCAGAUGGAGCUGAACGAGGAAGAAGACGAAGCUAUCUACGAAUGGUUUUACGACCACCGUCCACUGCUCGACACAUCGCACGUCAAUGGACCUAGCUACAAGUCGUGGAACAUGACACUACCUCAAAUGGCUGCGCUCUUCCGACUUAGCAGACCCCUUAUCUCCGACGUCAUUGACAAGAACUACUUCUACCUCUUCGAUCUUAAGAGUCUACUGACUGCUAAGGCUCUCAAUGUCGCUCUCCCUGGUGGCCCGCGAUUCGAACCUCUGUAUAAAGACGUCGACCCCAACGAGGAAGAUUUUGGCGAGUUCAACGCAAUUGAUCGCAUUAUCUUCAGAAACCCCAUUCGUACCGAAUUUCGCGUCGCAUACCCGUUCCUAUACAAUUCGCUCCCACGAAGUGUACAUAUGUCUUGGCACUCGCAGCCCCAGAUUGUCUACAAUCGCGCCGAUGACCCUGACCUGCCAACUUUUCAUUUUGACCGUCGCAUUAAUCCGAUCUCAUCCCGCACUGUUGCACCCAAGAAUGUCGAAGUCUCUCUCGAAGACGAACUGUUCGGCCCCGGAAACAACGAAGAAGACGAAGAGGAUGGUUUCACGCUACCAGCUGGCGUUGAACCGUUUCUCGCUGACGAGGAGCUCGAUAACGAACACACUUCAUCAGCUAUUGAGCUCUGGUGGGCCCCGUUCCCCUUCGACAGACGUUCAGGGCGCAUGGUCAGAGCGCAAGAUGUGCCUCUUAUCAAGCAGUGGUACCUGGAGCACCCUCCUUCUGAGCGACCGCCUGUGAAGGUCCGCGUCUCGUACCAGAAGUUACUCAAGAACUAUGUUCUCAAUGAGCUGCACAAGAAGAAGCCCAAGGCGCACAACAACCAGAAUCUAUUGCGUUCGCUGAAGCAGACCAAGUUCUUCCAGCAGACGACAAUUGACUGGGUCGAAGCUGGUCUUCAAGUUUGUCGACAGGGUUUCAAUAUGUUGAACUUGUUGAUUCACCGCAAGAACCUCACGUACUUGCAUCUGGAUUACAACUUCAACCUUAAGCCUGUUAAAACUCUCACAACCAAGGAGCGAAAGAAGUCGCGAUUCGGAAAUGCCUUCCACUUGAUGCGAGAAAUUCUGAGAUUGACAAAGCUCAUUGUUGAUGCCCAAGUUCAGUAUCGACUUGGCAACAUUGAUGCCUUCCAGCUUGCUGACGGUAUUCACUACGCAUUCAACCACGUCGGCCAGCUGACUGGCAUGUACCGAUACAAAUAUAAGCUCAUGCAUCAAAUCCGUACCUGCAAGGAUCUGAAGCACUUGAUAUACUACCGCUUCAACUCUGGCCCUGUUGGAAAGGGCCCUGGUUGUGGUUUCUGGGCCCCAUCAUGGCGAGUGUGGCUCUUCUUCAUGAGAGGCAUUAUACCUCUCCUCGAAAGAUGGCUUGGUAACCUGUUAUCGCGACAAUUCGAAGGCCGACACAGCAAGGGAGUUGCCAAGACGGUCACCAAGCAACGAGUCGAGUCUCACUUUGAUCUGGAGCUCCGUGCCUCCGUCAUGUCCGACUUGAUGGAUAUGAUGCCUGAAGGUAUCAAACAAAGCAAGGUCAACACAGUACUGCAGCACCUGUCCGAGGCUUGGAGAUGUUGGAAGAGUAACAUUCCCUGGAAGGUUCCUGGUCUUCCUGCGCCUAUCGAGAAUAUUAUUCUCAGAUAUGUCAAGGCGAAGGCUGACUGGUGGAUCUCCGUUACGCACUACAACCGUGAGCGUAUUCGACGGGGUGCGACUGUGGACAAGACAGUGGCGAAGAAGAAUGUCGGCCGUCUGACUCGUCUGUGGCUCAAGGCCGAACAGGAGAGACAGCAUAACCACAUGAAGGAUGGCCCGUACGUUUCUUCCGAGGAAGCCGUUGCCAUUUACACAACGACAGUUCACUGGCUGGAAUCGAGAAAAUUCUCCCCAAUCCCAUUCCCUAGCGUUUCUUACAAGCACGACACGAAAAUCCUCAUUCUUGCUCUAGAGCGUCUCAGAGAGGCGUAUUCCGUCAAGGGUCGGUUGAACCAAAGCCAACGCGAAGAGCUUGCAUUGAUCGAGCAAGCAUAUGAUAGCCCUGGUACUACUUUGGAGCGCAUCAAGCGAUUCCUUCUUACUCAGCGCGCUUUCAAGGAGGUUAACAUUGAUAUGAACGAUAACUACAGCACUAUCAACCCGGUCUACGACAUUGAGCCCAUCGAGAAGAUCAGUGAUGCCUAUCUUGACCAGUACCUCUGGUAUCAAGCCGACCAAAGACAUCUCUUCCCGGCCUGGAUCAAGCCCUCUGACUCCGAGGUGCCUCCUCUCCUGGUCUACAAGUGGGCUCAGGGUAUCAACAACCUGAGCGGCGUGUGGGAGACUGAGAACGGAGAAUGUAACGUCAUGAUUGAGACGGAGUUGUCUAAAGUCUACGAAAAGAUGGAACUUACAAUGCUCAACUCUCUCCUGCGUCUCAUUAUGGACCACAACCUGGCCGACUAUAUUACAUCCAAGAACAACGUUCAGCUGACAUACAAGGACAUGAAUCACGUCAACAGCUACGGUUUGAUUCGUGGUCUGCAGUUCUCUGCAUUUGUCUUCCAAUAUUACGGUCUUCUUCUUGAUCUGUUAUUGCUUGGUCCUCAACGUGCGAGUGAAAUCGCUGGACCGCCUCAGAGCCCGAACGAUUUCUUGCAGUUCCGCGACCGCGAGACAGAAACGAGGCACCCCAUUCGUCUAUACAGCAGAUACAUUGAUAAAAUUUGGGUCUUUCUGCGAUUCACAGCCGAAGAGUCGCGAGAUCUCAUCCAGCGCUUCUUAACGGAGCAGCCUGACCCAAACUUCGAGAAUGUCAUUGGCUACAAGAGCAAGAAGUGUUGGCCUCGUGACUCGCGCAUGCGUCUGAUGCGUCACGAUGUCAAUUUGGGCCGCGCCGUAUUCUGGGAUCUGAAAAACAGACUGCCUCGCAGUGUCACUACCAUAGAAUGGGAUGACAGUUUCGCGAGUGUGUACAGCAGAGACAACCCCAACUUGUUAUUCUCCAUGAGCGGUUUCGAGGUUCGCAUUCUGCCAAAAAUCCGAAACAAGAACGACGAGUUUCCUGUCAAAGACAGCGUUUGGUCGCUUGUUGACAACACCACGAAGGAGCGAACAGCGCAUGCUUUCUUGCAAGUGACGGAGGAUGACAUUGCCAAAUUCAAUAACAGAAUUCGUCAAAUUCUGAUGUCUUCCGGAUCUACAACCUUUACGAAGAUUGCGAACAAGUGGAACACUGCUCUUAUCGCACUUUUCACAUACUACCGUGAGGCAGCUGUAUCAACAGUCGAGUUGCUCGAUACCAUCGUCAAGUGCGAGACCAAGAUCCAGACCCGUGUCAAGAUUGGCCUCAACUCCAAGAUGCCUUCCCGUUUCCCUCCUGCCGUCUUCUAUACGCCCAAGGAGCUGGGUGGUCUUGGUAUGAUCUCCGGCUCUCACAUCCUCAUCCCCGCCAGUGACAAGCGCUGGUACAAGCAGACCGAUACUGGAACCACUCACUUUAGGGCUGGUAUGACGCAUGACGAGGAGACGCUUAUCCCCAAUAUCUUCCGAUACAUCAUUCCUUGGGAGGCUGAGUUCAUCGAUUCUCAGCGUGUCUGGACCGAAUACUCCCAGAAGCGUCUCGAGGCCAAUCAGCAGAAUCGCCGCCUUACUCUAGAAGAUCUCGAGGACAGCUGGGAUCGUGGUCUGCCUCGAAUCAAUACCCUCUUCCAGAAGGACCGCAGCACCCUAAGUUUCGAUAAGGGAUUCCGUGCCCGUGCCGAGUUCAAAAUCUACCAGCUGAUGAAGAGCAACCCUUUCUGGUGGACCAGCCAGCGUCACGACGGAAAGCUGUGGAACUUGAAUGCCUACCGAACUGAUGUGAUUCAGGCACUUGGUGGUGUUGAGACUAUCCUGGAGCAUACCCUCUUCAAAGCUACCGGAUUCGCAUCCUGGGAAGGUCUCUUCUGGGAGAAGGCAUGCCUGGCCAAUGGGACCAUGCUUCUGCGAUAUGACCAUACUCAGGUUGCGGUUGAAGAUGUCAAGGAGGGUGAUCUGCUUCUUGGACCUGACGGAGGGCCUCGACGCGCAUUCAAUGUUGUGAAUGGCAAAGACCGACUAUACCGAAUUCAGAUUGAAGGUCAAAAAGAAGACCUUGUGGUCACUACCAACCAUAUCCUUGUCUUCCACAAGGAGACAGCGACAGCCAGCUAUGACACCCACGAGAUCACCGCUGCCGAAUACGCCGCACUGGAGCCUGCAGAGAGAGCCAAGUACCUCGUGUUCUCAGCACCACGCACGACAGCUACGGAGGGCACCAUCCCACAGGCGGAAAGAUUUGUCGUCAGUAGCAUUGUCCUGGAAGCAGACCCGAUGGAAUGGGCUGGAUUCCGCGUUGAUGGAGAUCAGCUCUACCUGCGCCACGAUUAUCUCGUGCUUCACAACAGUGGUUUCGAAGAGUCGAUGAAAUUCAAGAAACUGACCAACGCCCAGCGAUCCGGUCUUAACCAAAUCCCCAACCGUCGUUUUACCCUGUGGUGGUCGCCGACUAUCAACAGAGCCAACGUCUACGUCGGUUUUCAGGUCCAGCUUGACUUAACUGGCAUCUUCCUUCACGGCAAAAUUCCAACACUGAAGAUCUCUCUGAUUCAGAUUUUCCGUGCGCAUUUGUGGCAAAAGAUCCACGAGUCGGUUGUUAUGGAUAUGUGCCAGGUCUUUGAUCAGGAACUGGAAGCUCUAGGCAUUGAAACUGUCCAGAAGGAGACUAUUCAUCCCAGAAAGUCUUAUAAGAUGAACAGCUCAUGCGCUGACAUUUUGCUCUUUGCAAGUCACAAGUGGAAUGUUACUCGCCCAUCACAUCUCAAUGAUACAAAGGAUGUGAUUGAGCCGACUACGACGAACAAGUUUUGGAUUGAUAUCCAGCUUCGCUAUGGUGAUUAUGACUCCCACGACAUCGACCGUUACACGAGGGCGAAGUACCUUGAUUACACAACAGACAGUGCCAGUAUCUACCCGUCUGCUACUGGGUUGAUGAUUGGUAUUGAUUUGGCAUACAACAUGUACUCGGCGUACGGAAUGUUCUUCCCUGGUCUCAAGGUCCUUGUCCAGCAAGCCAUGGCCAAGGUCAUGAAGGCGAAUCCCGCUCUCUACGUCUUGCGAGAGCGUAUUCGCAAGGGUCUCCAGCUGUACGCUUCCGAGAGUAACCAAGAGUUUCUCAACUCUCAGAACUAUUCUGAGCUCUUCAGUCAGAAAACGCAACUGUUCAUUGAUGAUACCAACGUCUAUCGUGUUACCAUCCACAAGACGUUUGAGGGCAACUUGACUACCAAGCCUAUCAAUGGUGCCAUUUUCAUCUUUAACCCUCGCACUGGCCAACUGUUCUUGAAGAUUAUCCACACCAGCGUCUGGGCUGGACAGAAGCGUCUUGGACAACUUGCCAAGUGGAAGACUGCCGAAGAAGUUGCGGCGCUCAUCCGAUCACUGCCUGUUGAAGAGCAGCCGAAGCAGCUCAUUGUCACCCGAAAGGGUCUUCUCGAUCCUCUCGAAGUGCAAUUGGUUGAUUUCCCUAACAUUUCCAUUCGUGCCUCUGAGUUGCAGCUUCCUUUCCAGGCUGCGAUGAAGGUCGAAAAACUUGGUGACAUGAUCCUGCGUGCUACCGAGCCUCAGAUGGUUCUCUUCAAUCUGUACGAUGAAUGGCUGAAGAGCAUAUCAUCAUACACUGCAUUCUCUCGUCUUGUCCUCAUUCUCCGUGCUCUGCAUGUCAACCCUGACAAGACGAAGCUCAUCCUGCGUCCUGACAAGACAAUUAUCACACUGGAGCAUCACAUUUGGCCAUCGCUGACGGACGAGGAGUGGAUCAAGGUUGAGACACAACUACGUGACCUCAUUCUAAACGAUUACGGCAAAAAGAACAACGUCAACGUGUCUAGUCUGACAACCAGCGAAGUACGAGAUAUUAUUCUAGGCAUGGAGAUUUCUGCACCUUCUAUGCAGAGACAACAGGCUGCCGAGAUUGAGAAGCAGCAGCAGGAGCAGGCUCAGCUCACUGCUGUUACGACCAAGACGCAGAACAUCCACGGAGAGGAUCUCAUUGUUACGACCACGUCACAAUUUGAGCAGCAGACCUUUGCCUCCAAGACUGAGUGGCGCACACGUGCUAUUGCGACGUCGAACCUGCGCACGCGUGCCAAGAACGUUUACGUGUCUCCCAUAGACAAUGACCUCGACGAUGUCACGUACGUUAUGCCGAACAAUAUCCUGAAGAAGUUCAUCACGAUUGCGGAUCUGCGCGUGCAGGUCGCUGGUUUCCUGUACGGUUCUUCGCCAGCAGACAAUGACAAGGUCAAGGAGAUCAAGUGUAUCGUCAUGAUGCCGCAGGUCGGCGGCCUCCGCAACGUGCAGUUGCCGCAACAGCUCCCGCAGAGCGACUUCCUCGAAGGCAUGGAACCUCUCGGCGUCAUCCAUACCGCAUCGGGCGGCGAGCUGCCGUACAUGUCGGCGGCGGACGUGACAGAACACUCGCGGCUCCUUGACGCGCAUGCCGAGUGGGACAAGACCGGCACCGUCACCGUCACCGUCGCCUUCACGCCCGGCAGCGUGUCGCUGUCCGCCUGGGGCCUCACCCCCCAGGGCUACCAAUGGGGCGUCGACAACCGCGACCUGCAGAGCGACCAGCCGCAGGGCUUCGCGACCACCAUGGGCGAGCGCCGGAAGCUGCUGCUGAGCCCGCGCUUCCGCGGCUUCUUCCUCGUGCCCGACGACGGCCGCUGGAACUACAGCUUCAUGGGCAGCGCGUUCGCCGGCAUGGAGAAGAAGAGCGUGAGGGUCAAGCUGGACACGCCGUUGCCGUUCUACAGCGACCAGCACCGGCCGGUGCACUUUCACAGCUUUGCGGAGCUCGAGGACGUUAGCGUCGAUCGCUCCGACAACUUCGCAUAA